UAAGUAUUCACGAAGCGAUCUUUCUGGCAUCUUCCGGCGUCCUGUGGGUUCCUGUCUUGCGGGCUGCGAGAUCAUCAUCUCUUGUUUGCUGUGUCUUUUUCUCGUCACUUACCUGUUUAGUGGGCCUGGUUGGUAAAGGCGUUCUCUUUUAGCGAAGGCGCGGUGGUUAUAGUCGUCACCCUCUCACACUUCAAAGCAGCGGUAUUGGGGAGGCAGGUCGUCUCACCGGACUGGUCCUUCUCAUGUCCUGAUCCUUCCUCAUACACUGCAGAAAUCAAUUGGGGAUUGUGUUGCCCUACCUGCCACAAUGACAUUAACACGCCCCUCCGAACUUGACCCCUUGGUCGACGAGUUUCAGCACCUCUCCGAGAAGUCUCGACCUCGUGAUGCUCUUCAAAUGCUCCAGAAGAUCGCAUCCAUGGUCAAACCCAUCAUGCGCCAACGCAACUGGCGUGUGGGCGUCCUGACCGAGUUCUACCCUCAUGAAGUCAACCUCCUCGGCCUAAACAUCAACCGUGGGGAGAAGAUCUGUCUGCGUCUGCGCUACCCAGGCGACGACACCCAGUUCCUCCCCUUCGAGAACGUGCUGGACACUAUGCUCCACGAACUAUGCCACAUCGUCCACGGGCCUCACGAUCAGGCGUUCAAUGCACUGUGGGACAAACUCCGUGACGAGCACGAGGCCCUGCUUCGCAAGGGCUACACGGGCGAAGGCUUCCUGGGCAAAGGCAACCGCCUCGGCGGCCGUCGCAUCCCUAUGAGCGAGAUCCGACGACAAGCCCGCGCAGCCGCCGAACGACGUCGCGAUCUUACGCGAGGAAGCGGCCAGCGUCUUGGUGGGCAGGGCAUCAUCCGCGGCCAAAACGCUCGCGAAAUCAUUGCAGCGGCCGCCGAGAAGCGUCUACGUAUUGAACGGGGCUGCGCCAGCGCAACCGACCACGGCGCCAAAAUCGCGCAGGAAGAGGCCGCCAAGAAGGACAAAGUCACAACCACGAAAGCGCAACUGGAAGACGAGAAUGAUGCCGCGCUCAUGCAAGCCUUCAUCGAUCUCAUUCAGGAAGAAGAGAGCCGGGCCUUCGGCAAAGACUACGUUCCGCCCAGCCAUGAGAAUCCAGCGGGUAUGCGGGGGGUAUCGUCCCCACCCGGGUUGCGCACGAGCAUGCUCCCGCCCCUCGACGCAAGAGCGCUUCGUGACCAGCAGAUAGAAAUUGAGCGGCAGCUACACGAAAAUAAAAAGCUCGAAGCGCAGCAGCUGGAUACUAAGCCAUUGGCAAAGACGCCAACGCCAAAGCCACAGCCGCAGCCCAAACACGACCUCGACCUCGACCACGACCACGACCACGACCCUGAACCCCAAGCAGAGACGUGGACAUGCGAAAUUUGCACGCUCAUCAACCCCCUCCAACACCUUAUGUGCGGCGCCUGCGAGACAGAAAGACCUGCGAUAUACUCACAAGUUUCCCCCAACUCUUCCGCAUCUAACCGCAGCCGGCCUAAGGCCACGCCAUCCUCAAGAUCAAGAAAACAUGAACCGCCCAACACGCUGCAACCACGUCUAUCCUCCGCAGAGGCACUGGCAAAGUUCGAUUCUGAAGCCAGCGCGAAAGCACAAUCAAAGCCCAUUGGAUGGGUCUGCCAUGGCUGUAGGAAUUGGAUGGAGAGUCAAUGGUGGACCUGUUCGGCGUGCGGACGGAUGAAGACAAGUUCUUGACUCUCAACCCAUCCGAUAACAAACGGGGGCAUUAAAAUCAUCACCAGUAUUCAUCCCGUCUAGUGGUUGCGUGUUGUGCGGGGCCCCUGGCCGGACUUUUGCACACUAGUAUGUCGAGAAGCACAAUGUCAUCCAACACAUGUUGCUAUGAGAAAUUAGCAAAUGCUGAUCUGGAGCGUGGCGAUCUGCGUACGACUAGGCUUACGUAGUAAGAACUGGGAGGACACUGUCCAACUGGUCGAGAGGGUGCUCUUUCCCUAGUGAUCAGGGCGAGGAAGAAGGGUCUACACAUGUUAUGAGAUAUGAAAGCAGACUACGACACUCGAAAAUCGUUAUAGCAAACGGCAUGCCUUCCUUCAGUAUUGGUCAUCGGUCAGGUCUCCGGGUACGAGAAGGUGUCCUUACUCAAUAUAUCUUGUUCUCCCUUCCGUAAACCGGUUGUGGCAGCUCAUGUUCUGUGCCCCGAAAAUGAACCACAGGUAUCAGAUAUGCCAUAGGAAAGGCUUCAAUGGACCGCGAGGUGUAGAGGAUUGGGCCGCUACG